AUGGCCGAUCUCAAUGAAUCCGUGACCUUCAAGUCUCUCGGCUUAGACAAAUGGCUCGUCGACGCCUUGGCGAGCAUGUCCAUCAGGAAACCGACCGCAAUUCAGGCAGCAUGUAUCAAGCCCAUUCUCGAAGGCAACGACUGUAUCGGAGGUGCUAGGACCGGUUCCGGGAAGACUGCUGCGUUCGCGCUUCCCAUCUUGCAGAAGUGGUCGAGGGAUCCGUGGGGUGUCUAUGCUCUUGUGUUGACGCCGACGCGUGAGCUGGCCUUGCAGAUUGCUGAGCAGUUUGCCGCACUUGGUGCACCUGUGGAUCUCAAGCAUGCGGUCGUUGUCGGUGGUAUGGAUAUGAUGCAGCAGUGUUUGGCGUUGUCGAGACGGCCGCAUGUGGUCAUUGCCACGCCCGGUCGUUUGGCAGAUAUUAUCAGAAGUAAUGGAGAUGAGACUAUCGGUGGUUUGAAGAGGUGCAAGUUUUUGGUACUUGAUGAGGCGGAUCGAUUGUUAAACCCGAGUUUUGCGGAUGAGCUGGAGGAUUGUAUGAGUGUGCUGCCCGACGGAUCGAAUCGCCAGACACUCCUGUUUACCGCAACCAUGACGGAUGCUAUCAGACAAUUGACGGAACAGCCGCCAAAACCGGGACGCUCGAAGCCAUUUUUGCACGAAGUGGAAUCCUCUCUUGCCGUACCAUCGACACUGCAACAAACCUACAUUCUCUUGCCAUCAUACGUUCGUGAGGCCUACCUCCACACCCUCCUCUCCCUCGAAGUCAACGAGAAAAAAUCUGCAAUUAUCUUCGUCAACCGAACCCGCACCGCCGAGCUUAUCAGAAGGACACUUCGUGCCCUCGGUAUUCGUGUCACAGCCUUGCAUUCCGACAUGCCUCAACGCGAACGUGUCGACUCCCUCGGUCGUUUCCGUGCGCAGGCUGCACGGGUUUUGGUCGCUACUGAUGUUGCCUCUCGUGGUCUUGAUAUCCCUACCGUCGAAAUGGUAGUAAACUACGACCUCCCCCGCGACCCCGACGAUUAUGUGCACAGAGUCGGUCGUACAGCCCGUGCCGGACGAUCUGGUGAAUCCGUCACUUUUGUCUCCGAGCGCGACGUCUUGUUGGUAGAGGCAAUCGAGGAGAGGGUCAAUGCAAAGAUGACGAAGUACGAUGGUGUUAGCGAUAACAUGGUUGUGAAGAACUUGACCACGGUCGCGGAGGCAAAGAGGGAGGCUGUUGUCCAGAUGGAUGAUGACAAGUUUGGAGAACAAAGGGAUAGCAGAAGAAGGAAGAGGGAGGGUGGUGAUAGGAAGCAGGUCAAGAAGAGAAAGGAGUAA